UUCCAUAUCAUUUAUUCUUUUAAAACGCAGCAACAAAAAUCUUUGAUGCCUACUUAAUAUAUUUACACAGCGAAGCACGCAUAAAUCUAUAAAAGUUAUCACAUUUUGUUACAAAUAUUGAAAAAGAAUUCUGCGUUAUUGCAAAGAUUUAUUAGUGCUUGUGAAUAUAAAUAAAAUAGAUUAAAAAAAUGGGUGCAGACGACCGUGACAGACGCCGGCACAGAACUCGCUCUCGUUCCAGGGACAGACGGCGUUCUCGUUCUCGCGAUCGCGAUCGUCGACGGGAUGAUCGUGAGAGAGAUCGCAAUAGACGCAGUCGUCGUCGUAAACCAUCUUUGUAUUGGGAUGUGCCGCCGCCUGGUUUUGAGCACAUUACACCAUUGCAAUACAAAGCAAUGCAAGCAGCUGGGCAGAUACCAGCUAAUGCUUUGCCAGAAAUACCACAAGCCGCUGUACCGGUGGUUGGUUCAACUAUAACGCGUCAGGCACGGCGACUCUAUGUCGGAAACAUACCUUUCGGGGUAACUGAAGACGAAAUGAUGGAAUUCUUCAAUCAACAAAUGCAUUUAACUGGAUUGGCUCAAGCGGCGGGUAAUCCGGUAUUGGCUUGUCAAAUUAAUUUGGAUAAGAAUUUCGCGUUUCUGGAGUUUCGUUCCACCGAUGAGACCACCCAAGCAAUGGCUUUCGAUGGCAUUAGUUUUAAGGGUCAAAGCUUAAAAAUACGACGACCUCAUGAUUAUCAACCAAUGCCCGGUGUGGUUGAGUCAACCCCGGUGGCGCAACCAGUCGCAAAUGGCGUUAUUUCGGCUGUGGUACCCGAUUCGCCACAUAAAAUAUUUAUUGGAGGUCUACCCAAUUAUCUCAAUGAGGAUCAGGUUAAAGAACUUUUAUUGUCUUUUGGCCAGUUGAGAGCUUUUAAUUUGGUUAAGGACGCUGCCACCGGUUUAAGUAAAGGAUAUGCAUUCUGUGAAUAUAUAGAUCACAGUAUAACUGACCAGGCCAUUGCUGGUCUGAAUGGCAUGCAAUUAGGUGACAAGAAGCUUAUCGUUCAACGUGCCAGUGUAGGAGCUAAAAAUGCUCAAAAUAAUCAUACUACCGCUGCACCAGUUAUGAUACAAGUACCUGGUCUAUCUAUGGUUGGUAUAUCCGGUCCUCCUACUGAAGUCUUAUGUCUCCUUAAUAUGGUUACACCCGAUGAAUUGCGCGAUGAGGAGGAAUACGAAGAUAUAUUGGAAGAUAUUAAAGAGGAAUGCAACAAGUACGGAGUUGUACGUAGCGUGGAGAUACCCCGUCCUAUCGAGGGAGUUGACGUGCCAGGUUGCGGUAAAGUCUUUGUUGAAUUCAAUUCUGUAAUGGAUUGCCAAAAGGCUCAACAAGCUUUAACGGGCCGUAAAUUUAGUGACCGUGUUGUGGUCACCUCAUAUUUCGAUCCCGAUAAAUAUCAUCGUCGCGAAUUUUAAUUAAACGAAAACAAAUUCCAUAUAAACGCAACUAAAUGAAUGAAUGUCAACAUUUGAAAACAU